AUGUUGCAACUUAGCCAAGACGAGUCUUUUCAUUAUGAGCUCCUUCGCACCCUCAGCCAUGCCAGAUAUAACGGUGCCGAUGUGGGUGAAGUCCUCGAAGCUGCGGGGGCGAUAUCGGUCGGCAAUAUCGAGAGCUUCUACGAAGCCUUCAAUGCCCUCGCCGUCCGGGUGAACAAACAAGCUGAAGCAAUAGAUGCAACGAAAUAUCCCGUCUCUGCCCGUGACGGCUUCUUCCGAGCCUCGACUUAUUUUCGAGCCGCUGAUUUCUACUUGCAUGGAAAUGCCGACGAUAUACGUAUCACAGACUUGUGGAACAGGCAACGAGCUGCAUUUGACAAAGCCAUUGCGCUGCUCACAAUUCCCGGCGAGCGCUUCAUCCUCCACGCUGCCGAUGGGAACUUUGAAAUCCCUGGUAUCUACUACCGCUCAAACAGCGCAGAUGAAUCAGGGCCGAGACCAACCAUAAUACUUGGCAAUGGAUAUGACGGCGCACAGGAAGAGAUGCUUCACGUCAUGGGCUUUGCAGCUCUAGAUCGCGGCUUCAACGUCAUAACAUACGAAGGGCCAGGACAGCCUACAGUACGCCGGCAACAGGAUCUGGGAUUCAUUCCAGAGUGGGAGAAGGUUGUUAGUCCCGUCGUCGACUUUCUCGUUGAGAAGCCAGAAGUAGACAACAAGAAAAUCGCACUAGUGGGCUAUUCAAUGGGAGCUUGGCUAGCCGUGCGCGCCGCGGCUUUUGAGCAUCGACUGGCGGCGGUGCUAGCCGUUGAUGGCGUUUUCGACGUCUUUCAGGCGUAUUACAACCAGAUUCCAGCACCCAUACGGGCCUUAUACGAUGCCGGGGAGAUGGAUAAAGUGGAUGGCAUGAUUUCAAGCGUCCUCGCUUCAGGCAAAGCAUCAACCGCCUUCCGAUGGGGCGUUGAGCAAGGCGUUUGGAGCUUCAAGGCCAAGAGUGUCACCGACUUCAUGGAAAAGACAAGGCCAAUGACGCUCAAAGGGAUCGAAGAUCAAAUUAAGUGCCCAGUCUGGGUUGGAUGUGCUGCUGAUGAUAUGUUCUUUGAAGACCAACCAGAAUUGCUCAGGGAUGCUCUUGGUGAUCGUGCGACUUACAAGAGGCUGACGGCUGAUGAUGGCGCUAGUAAUCAUUGCCAUGUCGGUGCAAUGGCUAUGGCAAACGCGGAGAUUCUUGGUUGGUUUGAGAAAGUAGCUUGCAACAUAUGA